AUGACGCGACUCACUGAGCACCGCCAGCUCUCAGAGCACCAAGUCCAUCCUGACGCCUCUUCCCUCGCACCUCUCCUCCCCGCCUCCGCUCCACUACCACACGAAUCAACCCGACUCCACAAACCUCCUCGUUGGUGGCGCGAUCCUUCCUCCCCUUACCACUCUUCUUCCCCUUCCUCCCCCCUCGCACUCUCCGGUCUACACCGCGAACCCAACACCUGGGCCAAGCUUCGAUACCUUUACCGCGAAGAGUUGGCUGAAUUCUUCGGCACCUUCAUCAUCCUCAUUUUCGGUGCUGGUGUCGAAUGUCAAGUUAACUUACACUAUCAUUCUUCCGCCACAAGAGAUGUUGCUGCAUACGGAAGUUAUUUCGAGGCAAGGUUGGCUUGGGCAGCAGGAGUUGCUAUGGCGGUUUGGAUUUCUGGUGGCAUAUCUGGUGGACAUUGUAAUCCUUCCGUCACCAUUGCGCUCGCUCUGUUUCGAGGCUUUCCCAAGAGAAAAGUGCUACCUUUCAUCUUUGCCCAGACACUAGGUGCUACUUUUGCUUCUCUUUUGGUCUAUGCUAACAACUUGACCGCUAUCAAUGCCUUUCAAGGAGGAGAUGGAGCCCGUACAGUCACAGGCCCUAAGAGUACAGCUGGGCUAUUCUUCACCCUCCCAGCCCCGGAACUCUCCUUGAGCUCAGCCUUCUUUUCGGAACUCUUCGCAACUUCAAUCCUCCUCUUUCUAGUCUUGGCCCUAGCAGAUCCAGCCAACCUAAAACCACCGCGGGGUACGCAACCUUUUGCGAUGUUUAUCGUCCUCCUCGGAAUCGGCUCCUCUCUGGGGUACAACACAGGAUAUGCGAUUAAUGGCGCAAGAGAUACCGGCCCCAGAAUCGCACUGUGGCUAGUGGGGUAUGGAAGAGAGGUAUGGACUCAUAAUGGGUGGUAUUGGUUCUGGAAUCCUUGGUUGAGUAGUGUGUUGGGUGGUGUAGUGGGAGCGGGGAUGUAUGAUGCCUUUUUGUAUACUGGCCUGGAUAGUCCGGCUAACCGGCCGAGGCUGGUGAGGGGAGGAGGGGAUGGGUAUGGGCCGUUGGGACAGGAGGAGGAGGGCGAGGGCAUGUGA